GUUGUACACACUUACCUUAAAAUAUACUUGAGUCAGUGGAACUGAAAUUAUCUGCCCAAACAUUUCUAAAAUGAACACUUCAAGAAACCUAAAGCUGUUUAUUUAUGACUACUAGGUUGAAGCCCGAAAGAAUAUUGUUAAAACACUUGAAGAAUGUGAUCUUGGCAACUCUGAAAAGUGUGUCCGGAUUAAUUCUGUGUCCAGCGGCCUUGCAGAAGAAGAUCUGGAAGUCAUCUUACAGUCAAGAGUCUUACCCUCUUGUAUCAUGCUCCCCAAGGUUGAGUCUGCUGAAGAGAUAAAUUGGUUCGCAGAAAAGUAUCUACAACACUUAAAAGGUAGAAAGCUUGCACAGCCAAUUAACUUGGUCACGUUUGUUGAAACUGCCAUAGGACUACUCAACUUUAAGAAUGUUUGUGAAGAAGCACUACAGAGAGGACCUCAAGCUGGCUUGCACCUAGAUGGAGUCGUCUUUGGAGCAGAAGAUUUUAGAGCCAGUAUAGGUGCAACAAGCAGCAAAGACACUCAUGAUGUCCUGUAUGCCAGGCAGAAGAUUAUUGUUGUUGCCAAAGCAUUUGGACUGCAAGCCAUUGAUCUUGUUUACAUAGACUACAAAGAUGGAGAAGGGCUUCGGAGACAGGCAAGGGAAGGAGCCCUGAUGGGAUUUUCUGGUAAGCAGGUGAUUCACCCAAGCCAGAUUCCUAUUGUCCAGGAGCAGUUUACUCCGAGUGCUGACAAAAUAAAAUGGGCCCAGGAAUUGAUUUCUGCUUUCGAAGAGCACCAAAGAUUAGGAAAGGGUGCAUUCACUUUCCAUGGGAGCAUGAUAGACAUGCCCUUGCUUAAGCAGGCACAGAACAUCGUUACGCUUGCCAGAGCCAUCAAGAACGAAUGA